ACCACCAAACAUCCUCUCGUCGCGUCACUCACGACGGUUACGGUUGUAUUUCUUCAUCGCGCACUUCUCUUACGAUUUUAGCAUAGUGUUGAUCGUGGAAGUUUUCUUUGGCCGGCACUCCAGUACAAGGAUUUUCCGACUGUCACCUUCUCUGCUUUUUGCAGGUUGCUUGUGUGUCAUAUUUGUAGAUUCGAGCAUUAGUUGUCUUGUCUAUCUACUCCUCGUCUGUUCCUUCUCUAAACUAAUUUUGUCACCACAGACCAGAGCUCUGUUUCUGCUACGUUCCUUCUCAAAUGGCUAAAACAGAGUCGAACACAAACACAAACACAAAUUCGACAGAUCUAAACAGUGGUUACUGUUCAGAGACAAAGAUAUACCAUAGCCUUAGAGCUUCAGUCCCUCUGCCUCCUAUUCAUCAGCCUCUCUCAGUUGCUGAAUACACCUUCUCUCUCCUCCGCCACUCAUCCAUCAACGCCGAAAAGACGUCGUUUUUGGUGAACUCAGCUACUGGACAGAGCCUCACGUUCUCUCAGUUCAUCCAGCAAACGCAGUCUCUCGCUCAAUCACUUGAGAAGAUAUACUCUCUAUCUAAAAAUGAUGUCGCUUUAAUCCUCGCUCCGACUUCUCUUCAUGUUCCGGUUCUGUUAUUGUCUCUCUUUUCUAUCGGCGUCACAAUCUCUCCCGCCAAUCCAAUCAGUUCCAAAUCCGAGUUGACUCACCAACUCCAACUCAGUAAACCCGUCAUCGCAUUCGCCACCUCCAAAACCGUCCAAAAACUACCUUCGCUCCCUCGCGGCUCCGUCCUUAUCGACUCACCCGAGUUCCUCUCCCUCUUGACUCAUACAAGCGGUAAUUAUUUUCGACCAGUCGAUGUGAAUCAGUCUGACUCGGCCGCAAUUCUCUACUCGUCCGGGACAACCGGCCGAGUCAAGGCCGUAUUAUUGACUCACGGCAACUUGAUCGGGGCUGUCGGCGGUUAUUGCCAAACAGUGGCUGAUUCGAACCAGGGAGCACCGAAACCGGAUCCGGGGUGGUUGUUCACGCUUCCUUUGUUUCACGCGUACGGGCUGUUAAUGAUGUUGAGGUCGUGUACGAUGGGGAUUACGCUGGUGCUUAUGGAAAGAUUCGAGUUCGAGACGAUGUUGGGGGCUAUUGAAAGUUACCGUGUGACAUACAUGCCAGUGUCGCCGCCGCUAAUAGUGGGGAUGGUGAAAUCGGAGCUGACUAAAAAGUACGAUCUCAGCUCGCUCCAGGUGCUCGGGUCGGGUGGUGCCCCCCUUGGAAAGGAUAUCAUAGUGAAAUUCAAAGAGAAAUUCCCACACAUAGAAAUUGUGCAGGGCUACGGUUUAACUGAGAGCACAGCAGGGGCAUCAAGGAUGAUGGGGCCUGACGAAGCUGCUCGUCAUGGUUCUGUUGGCCGCCUGUCAGAAUAUAUUGAAGCCAAGAUAGUUGAUCCUGUAACUGGAGAGCCCUUACCCCCUAGUCACAGAGGGGAGCUGUGGAUCCGAGGCCCCACGAUUAUGAAAGGUUAUAUAGGAGAUGAAAAAGCCACCGCUGAAACCUUGGAUUCAGAAGGAUGGUUAAAGACUGGUGAUCUUUGUUAUUUUGACUCCGAGGGUUUCCUUUACAUAGUUGAUAGGUUAAAGGAGUUGAUAAAGUACAAGGCAUAUCAGGUUCCUCCAGCUGAGUUGGAACAUGUACUUCAAGCACAUUCUGAAAUAGCUGAUGCAGCUGUGGUUCCGUACCCUGAUGAAGAUGCAGGGGAAAUUCCCAUGGCCUUUGUGGUGAGGAAACCCGGGAGCAACAUCACUGAGGCUCAAGUUAUAGAUUUUGUUGCAAAACUGGUUGCGCCAUAUAAGAAAGUACGCCGCGUAGCUUUUGUGAAUUCUAUUCCAAAAUCUGCAGCAGGAAAGAUUUUGCGGAGGGAGCUUGUCAAUCUUGCUGUCUCCGGUGGUUUGGCGAAAUUGUGAUGCCGUAAACAGACUGUAAAUUGGGGUGCUAUGCAUCAACAUCAUGUGGUAGUAUUGGCAAGUUAAUUAGUUGCUGUUGAGACCAGAUGUUGAUGCAGUCCAAUUGAUAAGUAUAUUAAUAAUAUCUGCCGAUGCUCAAUUUGCACUGAA